ACGAUCCCACAGCUUUAGGUCCACGUUUAGUAUAACCAAGAGUAGACCAUCAUGAAUUGAAGUAAACCGACAUUGAUCAGCUAAACCGGAAUGUAUCUCCAACAGGAUCCCCCAUUAAAUCAUGAUAGAGAGUUAAUUUCAAAGUGCUUCAAGCAAAAUUGAAGGUUUCGAGGUACGAAAUCAUGAACGAUUGCGAAAGGGCUUCGCCAAUUGUCUACAUCAGCUGUGUAGCCGAGGUACGAUACUCCUUCGUCAGCCACCUCUUGGACGCUCUCAGCCGGAAAGGCAUCAAUGAUGUGUUUGUGGAUAGCGAUGAUGUGCUUUCCGAGGAGGCCCAGGGAAAGGUAGAGAGAUCUAAGAUUUGUGUGAUAGUUUUACCCGGAAACCGUACGGUGUCCCUUGAGAAGCUCGUGAAGGUUCUCGAGUGCCAGAGGAACAACGACCAGGUGGUGGUGCCGGUGCUGCACGGAGACGGUCCAUUACAGGGUGAAUGGCUUAGGGAACUCGAAUUGAGGGGAUUAUCACCAGUCCACAGGAAGGAAUGCAGUGACUCCAAACUAGUAGAAGAAAUUGUCAGAGAUGUGAAUGAGAAGCUCUUUUAUAUGGGACGAAUUGGAAUCUACUCAAAGGUGGUGGAGGUAGAAAAUAUGAUUAACAAGCAACCGUUGGGCAUCCGCUGUGUUGGAAUUUGGGGUAUGCCUGGCAUAGGCAAGGCUACACUUGCAAAAGCGGUUGUUGACCAGAUGUCUGGCGGAUUUGAUGCUCAUUGUUUUAUCGAAGACUAUGACACAUCUAUUCAUGAGAACAGAGUUUAUCGUAUUUUGGUGGAACAAUUAAUGAAAGACGAUCCUGGAAAUGGCGGUACCAUUACGAAGAUGAGCUUGCGCAGAGACAAAUUAAACAAUAAGAGAGUUCUUGUUGUUCUCGAUGAUGUGUGCGAUCCUCUGCUCGCAGAGUCUUUUCUAGAAGGGUUUGACUGGUUCGGUCCUCAAAGCCUGAUCAUCAUCACCUCCAGAGACAAACAGGUCUUUCGCCUUUGCCGAAUCAAUCAAAUCUAUGAGGUUCAAGGUUUAAAUGAAAAAGAGGCUCGUCAACUUUUCUUGCUGUCUGCGUCUAUGAGUGAGGAGAAUCUCCAUGAGCUAUCAAUGAAAGUAAUAAAAUAUUCUAAUGGAAACCCGUUGGCUAUCAGUAUUUAUGGUAAAGAGCUGAAGGGUAAAAGACCAUCAGAAAUGGAGACUGCAUUCCUCCAAAUCAAGGGAUAUCCUCCUUCUAAGAUUGUUGAUGCAAUCAAGAGCAGCUAUGGUACACUCAGUGACAGUGAAAAGAACAUUUUUUUGGACAUAGCUUGUUUCUUCCAGGGAGACAAUGUCGACUAUGUGAUGCAACUGCUUGAGGGUUGUGGUUUUUUUCCACAUGUAGGAAUCGAUGUUCUCGUUGAGAAGUGUUUGGUGACUAUUUCAGAAAACCGAGUUGAGAUGCAUAAUCUGAUCCAGGAUGUUGGCCGAGGUAUAAUUAAUGCCGAAACAGUUGAGAUAAAGGGGCACAGCAGACUGUGGGAACCUUGGAGUGUCAAAUAUUUAUCAGAAGAUAAUUACUACAAAGCAAAUGGAGAACCCGAAACAACUUUCAAACGUGCUCAGGGCGUUGAAGAGAUUGAAUGCAUGUUUCUUGAUGCAUCAAACUUAAGUUUUGAUGUCAAGCCUGCUGCCUUUGAUAAUAUGUUGAACCUUAGAUUGCUCAAGAUUUACUGUUCCAAUACUGAAGUCCAUCAUGAAAUCAAUUUCUCCGAAGGCGUUCUCCAUUCUCUUCCUAAUGAGCUAAGACUCCUACACUGGGAGAACUAUCCUCUGCAGUAUUUGCCUCAAAAAUUUGAUCCUAGGAACCUUGUUGAAAUUAACAUGCCAUAUAGUCAACUUCGGAAACUUUGGGGUGGAACCAUUAACCUUGAGAUGUUGAGGACGAUCAAGCUUUGUCAUUCACAGCAACUAGUUAAUAUUGACGAUCUCUUAAAAGCUCAAAAUCUUGAGGUAAUUGAUCUCCAAGGUUGUACAAGCCUUAAAAGUUUCCCAGCCACAGGUCAGUUGCUGCAUCUACGAGUUGUCAAUCUCUCAGGUUGCUCAAAGAUCAAAAUUUUCCCAGAGAUUCCACCAAAUAUUGAGACACUGCAUCUCCAAGGUACUGGCAUAAGAAAACUACCAAUUAGCCCGAAUGGUGAACAGCUUGGCAGUCUUUCAGAAUUCAAAGGUCUCUCACAUGCCUUGAUACUCAAGCAUUUAACAAGCCUGGAUAAAUGUAGCUCAUCUAGUCAAGAUCUUGGCAGGCUUAUUUGCUUGGAGCUGAAAGAUUGCUCUCGUUUGCGAAGUCUGCCUAACAUGGCUCAUUUAGAAUUUCUGAAUGUUUUUGAUCUCUCUGGUUGCUCAAAGCUCAAGACUAUUCGGGGUUUCCCUCCGAACCUGAAAGAGUUAUAUCUUGUUGGCACUGCAGUAAGAGAAGUGCCACAACUUCCUCAAAGUCUAGAACUCUUGAAUGCGCAUGGUUCUCGUUUGCAAAGUCUGCCAGACAUGGCUAAUUUAAAAUUUCUGAAAGUUCUUGAUCUCUCCUGUUGCUCAAAGCUCAAGAUCAUUCAGGGUUUCCCACGAAACCUGAAAGAGUUAUACCUUGCUGGCACUGGGUUAAGAGAAGUGCCACAACUUCCUUUAUGUCUAGAACUCUUGAAUGCACAUGGUUGUGUCUCUCAGAAAUCAAUUCAUUUGGACUCCGAGAAGCCUCCUAUGCAUUACACAUUCAGUAAUUUUUUUGACCUAUCUCCACAUAUCGUCAAUGAUUUUUUCGUGAAAGCCCUGACUAAUGUAAAACACAUACCAAGAGAGAAUCCAGAUCUCAACAAAGCUCCGACUUUCAGCUUCAGUGCGCCCUCACAUACAAAUCAAAAUGCCACACUUGAUCUGCAACCAGGAUCUUCUGUAAUGACACGACUAAAUCCUUCUUGGAGGAACACGCUUGUGGGCUUUGCUAUGCUGGUGGAAGUUUCAUUUUCAGAUGAUUACUCUGAUGUUACUGGUUUAGGCAUACGCUGUGUUUGCAGAUGGAAAAACGAGGAAGGCCACUCUCAGAGGAUAGAAAGAUAUUUGCAUUGUUGGGCUACAGGGGAAGCUGUUCCAAAUGUUCAAAAGGAUCAUACGUUUGUCUUUUGUGAUGUCAACAUGCGCCCAAGUACCGGUGAAGGAAAUGACCCUGAUAUCUGGGCUGACUUAGUUGUAUUUGAGUUCUUUCCUGUCAAUCAGCAGACAAAUUGUCUAAAUGAUAGUUGCAGAGUGACAAGAUGUGGAGUCUAUGUAAUAACUGCUGCAACUGGCAGUCCAAGUCUUAAGAAUACUUCUCCAGUUUUGUCCUUGGAUCCGAUGGAAGUUUCUGGUAAUGAAGUUGAAGAAGUAUCGAGAGUCAGCUAUGAUGGUUUACCGGCGAUGGAAAAAGCUCUAUUUCUUUACAUAGCGUGUUUGUUCAAUGAUGAGGAUGUUGAUUUGGUGGCACCACUUAUUGCUAGCGUUGGCUUGGCUUUUGGCUCUGAGAUCAACAACUUAGCCGAUCAGUCUCUCAUACAUGUAUCUUCCAGCGGACAAAUAGUGAUGCAUUGUUUGCUACGAAAAAUGGGUAAAGAAAUUCUCCAUAGAAAAUCUAUGCUGCCUGGUAGCUCGAAAGAUUUAACCCGAGACAAUGAAAAGGUCUUUGUGGCUUCUUCUUUGUCUCACGUUAGGAGAUAUGAUGUUUUCCUGAGCUUCAGUGGGCAAGAUGUCUGCAAAACCUUCCUCAGCCACCUUGUUCGACGAUUCGAUAGCGAAGGUAUCACUACAUUCAGUGAUGCUGAGAUAAUGAGAGAACUAGUAAUCGGUCAAGAAAUUAAACAAGCAAUAAGAGAGUCAAGGAUCUUGAUCGUCGUGUUCUCGAAAAACUUUGUCUCUUCAAGCUGGAACCUGCAGGAGUUGGUGGAGAUCGCAACGUGUGGGAAAACGUCGGGUCAAAUAGUGAUACCAAUUUUCUACAAAGUGGAUCCCUCUGAUGUUAGGAAACAGACAGGAAAAUUUGGAAGGCUAUUUGAAGAAACUUGCAAGAACAAAACAGUAGAUGAGAAACAACGAUGGCGCAAAGCUUUGACUGAUAUAGCAAAUAUAAUCGGUUUCAUUAAUGAACACUGGGGAAACGAAGCAGACAUGAUAGAAGCACUUGCUGCUGCUGUUUCAGAAAGACUGAGAAUUGUGCCAUCAAACGAUAGAUUCAUUGCUACAAAAAGAAAAUCUGAACUCUUAAAUUAAAUGACCAGUUAAUAACUGGCAGUUAUGUCCUAAGAUUCCCUCUUUUCUUCUUAUUUUUUGCAAAAAAAGAUCAAAACUUCUGUGCACUUAACACAUCUCCGAACAAGUUUGAGUUCCAAUUUUUACACCCAACUCAUUGGAGAAAAUUCUAAGAAUAGAGCAUGCUUGAAGUUA